AUGAAAGGUCUUUUUUCUCUUUUUCUAGUGUUUUGUACUUGUUCACUUAGUUUGUGCUUAACAUUUGAAAAUCAAAAUCAAGGUGGCCAAAACUUUAAUGUUGUUAGCUAUGGUGCCAAGGGUGAUGGAAAUACAGAUGAUUCAAAUGCUUUUCUCAAAGCAUGGGAAGACUUGUGUAGUACCACCGAAGCUAACCCAACACUUGUAAUACCUCAAGGCAAAAAAAUUAUGUUGCAACCUAUGAAGUUUCAAGGUCCUUGCAAAUCUAAAACAAUCAAUGUUGAGAUAAUGGGAACUAUCAUUGCUCCAAAAAGUAGGGAGAGUUGGAAAUGGGAUAAUAACGACAGUGAAUCUUGGAUUGCAUUCUCUCAUGUGAAUGGACUUGUUAUUAGUGGAGAAGGAACAUUUGAUGGUCAAGGUAGUUCUUGGUGGAACAAUGUGGGCGAAGGUGAUAGACCAACUGCUCUUCGAAUUGCUGAUUGUGAAAAUCUAAAACUAAGUGGUUUAAAACACAUCAACAGCCCAAAAAACCAUUUAAGCAUAAAUUCAUGCACGGGGGCUUUAAUCUUCAAUCUUCAUAUGACUGCUCCAGAAGAUAGCCCUAACACUGAUGGGAUUGACAUUUCAUCGUCAACACACAUAGUCAUCCAACAAUUAGUCAUCUCAACUGGAGACGAUUGCAUCGCUAUUAACUCGGGUUCCCAAUUCAUAAAUAUAACUGAUGUUUAUUGUGGACCUGGUCAUGGCAUCAGUGUUGGAAGUCUUGGAAAAGGUAAGAGUUAUGCUACAGUAGAGGAUGUAUAUGUACGAAAUAUAACCUUCACGGGAACAACUAAUGGUGCCAGAAUCAAGACAUGGAUAGGGGGAUCAGGGUAUGCGAGGAAGAUAACUUACGAAGAUAUUAAAAUUUUUGGUGUAAAGAACCCAGUGAUUAUUGAUCAACAGUACGAUGCUUUACUAGGAGAGAGCAGAGCUGUGAAAGUGAGUGAUGUUACUUUCCGAAACAUUGAAGGAACUGCAAACGAUGAGAAAGCAAUUGAAUUGAGUUGUGAUCGUAUUGGAUGCUCCAACAUUGUACUUGAAAAUAUUAAUAUAACUGGUCUUGAUGGAAAGAGAAUGUCUGCAUCAUGCAAUAAUGUGCAAGGAUCAUGCUCUUCAUGCACGCCAAAUGUCCCAUGUCUAUCUUGA